AUGACAUCUCACGCCUUUAAUGCAGUUCGCUUUAAUGACAUAUACUGUUGGGCCUUCAAUCGUCCUAAGCCAAAGUCAACUUCGCCUCCUCACCAGCAUUUCUUUACUCUCAAGUCCGCGCCCUACGGACACAUUCAUCCGAGAAUAGACGCUAUGGGUGUUGAUAACGUUGAUAUGGGUGAUACUAACGAUUCGGAGCACCGUGCCCCUCCCGAUGCAACCUCCAGUGGGGAGCCCUUUUUGGACUUGAAUGCAUUGGCCUUUGAUCCUGGUGCACUCGAAUCGAAUGCAUAUGAGCCUACUUUUGAGAAUGGAUUGGAGGGAAAUGAGUUUGAGUUCAACUUUGACGAUUUAUGGUCUGCGGAUAUGGCUCAACUCCCUCUUGCGGCAGAUGACACCGACUUCACACAGACCCAUCAGCUUCAAGACGAUACCAGCUUGCAACAUGAUGGCCUACAGCGCCCAGGGACUGAUCAGCUCGCAUUCAACUUCGGGGAUCUCAUGAGAAACAUUUCAGAGUCACCAUCGUCAACUCAAUCACCAAACAUCCUUACUCCGCCAAUCCCUUCUCCCCUUCCCCCAAAGAUCGGUCAUCGCUUCACCCUCGAUGCCAUCCGCUCAUUGAAGGACUGGUUCGCUCGAAACACCGACAACCCCUAUCCAAAUGAAGAAGAGAAGAAUAUGCUGGAGCUCCAGACCGGCUUGACUCGAACUCAAAUUACAAAUUGGCUAGCAAAUGCCCGAAGACGGAGAACUACUACCGAUAGCGGAACCCAGACGGCUUCGGGAAAGUCUGGCAAGGUUCCAUCUGAGUAUACGCCAACACGAGCUGGUACUCCCAUCCCGAGAAGACGAUCUGAGAAAGGAAUGCAUCCUCUGCAGAGAUGGGUUGACUCACCACCUGAGAAUGAACCAGCUGCGGUGUCUGCUAUUGCACGUGCGAUGGCUUCGGGUGAAUUAGUCACAUCCAUCGGAAAUAUGAUUGGCAACGGCAUGAGAAUUCAUUGCAUCUGUCUUUGGAACGAUGGGAGUGUUCCCCCGACGGCCCAACAACCACGGAUCCAAAUACUGGCCAAGUCAUCUGCCUCACAACCAGAUAUCAUUUCGAGAUGUGGAUUCUGUCAAGCUUCCAUGACUAGAUGGAUUGAUAGAGUUGAUCAUGUUGCGAACCAUUUCAAGAUGGGUUGUACGAUGAAUAAUUGGGUUGGCGACUGGGGGUUUGAGGAUGAUAUAUUGAAGACUAUAGAGAAGGCUUUGCCACCAUAUUUGGUAGAAUUGGAACGCGGAACUCCAUUCCCCUUCGCAGCGAGUGGCAAGCCACCUGAUUCUCCUCGAAGUGCAUACGAGCUCAUCACGCUAGAGUUGGCAUAUUUUAUUUCUAAUCAUAGCGACACUAUUGGGAGCCUGCCGAGUCACGAAAGUCUACAACUGGAGGCUUGCCGCAUCAUGUUUGCCUCUGAAGUAACAUUUCCUGAAGCGAACCUGGACUCUCACGGCAGUCCAUCAUGGUUCAGAGACUUGCUUCUGUCCUCUGACGAGAUUGCCCAACAAGCUCGCUUCGCACCGAUUCGAUCGAGUACGGAGAGUAGACUUUCUGUGUUGAGAGUCAAGGGCAAGAACUCGUUGUUUGAGGAGUGUCCACUGGAGUCACGACUGCAAGCGUUCAUGCGUGAUCGAAGAAUGAGGGGGUUAUCUGAGGUAUCAGAUGGAGAACUACAAAAAGAGGCGGGUCGCAUUUUCAUGCAGAUGGAAAGCGAACUUCAAACGAAGCCAGAAUUUGUGGCUAACUGGUUGAUUGGGUUUCUGUAUAACUCGACGAAUUGGAUAAGCGACUUUCGGCGGCGUGCAGACCUGAUGUCAGCCGAUGACAGCUGGAAACUCCCAUCGCCAGGUAAUAUAGCAUGGUCUACUGAGCCGACAAGUGUCCAGACACAGCAUGAUCUAUCUUGGGUGAACAACCCGUCUCUCUUUGACGGAAAUGGUUGGUCUUUUGGAGAGCAAGCUGGGCCGUCGGGCGCAAGCAUGACCUGGCAAGCAAACGAACCAGACAAGAACGCUGAUCAAUCCACGUUUGAUGCAUCACUCGAUGACUUUACAUGGCUUUGGUCAGACGACAAAUCACCACCUAAAAUACCACAGACGACCCCGAGUCCUGGAGCAGAAGGGGAGUCAGGCCUCCGACCGACGUGGCUUGGUCCGGGGAUCUAUGUCUUGAAUGACCCGAAUCACCUCCCCUGGUUUGCUCGUGAGAUGAAGAGAUGGGUAAAGGCCGCCAUGUCACCGAAUAACCCGAUCUGUCAUGUUCCUUCGGAUGAGGAGCUUAGACAUCAAGCUCGAUGUCUGCUUUACAAUGAGUAA